AUGUCUUUACAAACCUACAUCGACAAAAAGGUGCUAGUCAUCACAGUUGACGGUCGCACACUUGUCGGCACCCUCCUCUCCUGCGACCAAGUCACCAACAUCGUCCUAAACGACACCGUCGAGCGCAUCAUCCGUCCCACCGAUGACCCAGAACCCAGCUCGCAAGUCAGCCAUGGCCUGUACCUUGUAAGAGGUGACAAUAUCACCAUUGUGGGACUGGUGGAUGAAGAGUUGGACAACAGCAUCGAUUGGGAAAAAGUCAGAGGAGAGGUCAUUGGAACGACGAAGCAUGUGUGA